UAGAAGUAUCAUCAUCAUAAAAAAAAGUACAUAAAGAAAUUAAACUUACAUUAUUUUUUGUUCUAUAAAAUGGGAUUUGAAGCAGUUUCAUCAUCAUCAGCUGCUAGCAAUAUGAAACCAUUUGGUUCUACUAGUAAAAAUAAAGCCACCAUAGCUCAAUAUAAUGCAGAUGCUGGUCUUUUAGCUGAAUUUGAGCACUCAGAUGGUUCUGGUAAGUCUUUUAAUUACUCAAGAUCAGUGCUUUCUGCUCCAAAUAGUGUUCCUGAAGAGCAAAUUAUUGCUUAUUUAUCUAGAAUUCAAAGGGGUGGUUUUAUUCAACCAUUUGGGUGCAUGGUUGCAAUUGAAGAGUCCAGUUUUAGAAUCAUUAGUUAUAGUGAGAAUUGCUUACAAUUGUUGGGUUCGAGUUUGAGUUCAAGUUCUGAACUUGAGUCAAGUUCAGACAAGGGUUUGAUUGGAGUUGAUGUAAAAACCCUGUUUACUCCUCAAUCAGGAGCUUCAUUGGCUAAAGCUGCUGGUUCUAGAGAGAUUUCGAUGUGUAACCCGGUUUGGGUUCAUUCUAGGACAACUCAAAGACCAUUUUAUGCUAUUUUACAUAGGAUUGAUGUUGGGAUUGUAAUUGAUUUGGAGCCUGCGGUUUCGGGUGAUCGAGUUUUGUCUCUGGCUGGUGCUGUGCAGUCUCAGAAACUCGCUGUUCGCGCGAUUUCUAGGCUGCAGUCACUUCCUGGAGGUGAUAUUGGUGCUUUGUGUGAUGCAGUUGUGGAGGAUGUUCAGAAGCUUACUGGGUAUGAUAGGGUUAUGGUGUAUAAAUUUCAUGAUGAUGGUCAUGGUGAAGUUGUGUCUGAAAUAAGGAGGUCUGAUUUAGAGCCUUACUUAGGGCUGCAUUAUCCUGCCACCGAUAUCCCCCAAGCGGCGCGGUUCUUGUUCAAGCAGAAUCGUGUGAGGAUGAUUUGCGAUUGCCAUGCGAGUCCUGUUAGGAUCAUUCCAAGUGAAGAAUUUAAGAAUCCUCUUUGUUUGGUCAAUUCGACCCUUAGGUCACCCCAUGGCUGCCACACUCAGUACAUGACUAAUAUGGGGUCGAUUGCUUCAUUGGCGAUGGCGGUUAUCAUAAAUGAUAAUGAUUCAACGAAGCUUUGGGGGCUGGUUGUGUGCCAUCAUACUUCCCCGCGGUAUGUCCCAUUCCCGCUCCGCUAUGCAUGUGAAUUCCUCAUGCAGGCUUUUGGGUUACAGCUUUAUAUGGAGCUUCAGUUGGCCGCUCAGAUUGGGGAGAAAAAGAUUCUCCGGACGCAGACCUUACUCUGUGAUAUGCUUCUCCGAGAUGUCCCUUUGGGUAUUGUUACUCAAUCCCCUAGUAUUAUAGAUCUCGUGAGGUGUGACGGAGCAGCAUUAUAUUAUGGAGGGAACUGUUGGCUACUCGGCGUUACUCCAACCGAGUCGCAGGUAAAAGACAUUGCCGAGUGGUUGCUGAGUAGUCAUGGAGAUUCUACCGGGUUGAGUACAGAUAGUUUAGCAGAUGCCGGUUAUCCUAAUGCUGCAUUACUUGGUGAUGCUGUUUGUGGCAUGGCUACUGCUAGAAUCACUUCAAGAGAUUUUUUGUUCUGGUUCAGGUCUCAUACCGGCAAGGAAGUCAAAUGGGGAGGAGCGAAGCAUCAUCCCGAAGAUAAAGACGAUGGUCAAAGAAUGCAUCCGAGAUCAUCAUUUAAUGCGUUCCUGGAAGUGGUGAAGAGCCGAAGUAUGCGUUGGGAGGUUUCAGAAAUUAAUGCUAUCCACUCUUUACAGCUGAUAAUGAGAGACUCAUUUCAUGAUAUGGAGGAAAGUGCUUCAAAAGCAACAGUUAAUGCUCAUCAGACUGACAUGCAGGGGAUGGAUGAAUUAAGUUCAGUGGCAUGUGAAAUGGUUAGAAUGAUUGAGACAGCUACAGCCCCCAUAUUUGGGGUUGAUUCAUCAGGUUUCAUUAAUGGGUGGAAUGCUAAAGUUGCAGAGCUGACUGGUUUACAAGUUAGUGACGCUACAGGGAAGUCCCUGGUUCACGAAAUUGUUCAUGAGAACUCCCGUGGAGCAGUCGAAAGUCUUCUAUGCAGGGCUUUGCAAGGCGAGGAAGACAAAAAUGUCGAGUUGAAACUGAGGAAAUUUGGGCCUCAGCCGCAAAACUCGGGUGUAUAUAUUGUGGUCAACGCUUGCACAAGUAGGGAUUAUGCAAACAAUAUUAUAGGGGUGUGCUUCGUAGGUCAAGAUGUCACAUCGGAGAAGCUUGUCAUGGAUAAAUUUCUUCGACUACAAGGGGAUUAUAAGGCGAUCAUCGAAAGUCUUAAUCCUCUUAUUCCGCCGAUAUUUGCUUCAGAUGAGAAUGCAUGCUGUUGUGAAUGGAAUGCUGCUAUGGAAAAGUUGACGGGUAGAACAAGACAGGAGGUCAUCGGUAAAAUGCUUCCGGGGGAUAUUUUCGGAGGUCUCUGUCGGCUAAAAGGUCAAGAUGCUCUAACUAAGUUCAUGAUUCUUUUGUAUCGAGGACUUAGUGGUCAAGAUACUAAGAAGUUUCCAUUCGGGUUUUUCGAUAGACAAGGGAAAUUUGUUGACGUACUCUUGGCAGCAAACAAAAGGAUUGAUACAGAUGGGAAAAUUAUUGGCUGUUUCUGCUUCUUGCAGAUCGUUGAGCCUGACCUAGACCAGACCAUAUAUGGACAUAAGCAAGAGGAUCAACGGAGCCUUCUAAAACUUAAAGAGUUAGCCUACAUCCGACAAGAAAUGAAAAACCCUUUAAAUGGUAUUCGAUUUACCCACCAACUCCUCGAAGAUACAGCUACGUCGGAAAAUCAGAAGCAGGUCCUCGAAACAAGUGAUGCAUGUGAAAAACAGAUCAUGACCAUAAUAGAGGAGAUUGAUGUGGGACUGCUAGAUGAGGGCAGCAUUAUCAAGCUCAAGAUGGAAGAAUUUCUUAUGGGAAAUGUUGUAGAUGCUAUUGUUAGUCAAGUCAUGAUCUCGGCGAGGGAAAAAAACAUACAGCUUCUUCAUGAGAUUCCGGAGGAAAUCAAAACAGUGUAUUUGUAUGGUGAUCAAAUUAGACUUCAGCUGAUCUUGUCAGAUUUCUUGCUUAGUGUGGUUCGUUAUGCACCUUCUACAAACGGCUGGGUAGAAAUUAAAAUAACACCCGGUCUAAAGUUUAUACACGAAGGAAACGAGUUAAUCUGUUUACAGAUCAGAAUGACGCACCCUGGUGAAGGCGUUCCCGAGGCUCUUAUCGACGAGAUGCUCGAGGGAGGAAGUUGCUGGAGUACACAAGAAGGCUUGGGACUAAACCUGUCAAGAAAACUUCUAAAUCUGAUGAAUGGUCAUGUUCAGUAUACCAGAGAGCAAAAUAGAUGUUCAUUUGUUAUUGAUCUUGAAUUAAAAAUCAAGAAUGAAAGACUAAAGGGGAAGCAGGCAGAUACAAGUAGAACAAUCUCACUUUCUGCUUGAAUUUGCAUAUAUGAGAUCUUGUAGAACGUCGGAAGCUUAGAUGCCUACGUAUGUGGCUCGGAAGCGAGUUUCUUCCAUGGAUGAAUGAUUUGCAUUACCAUUUUGAUCUACUAAUUAUAUAUUUCUUAAUGCCA